UGCGGCGGGUUGCCCAUGCACAGACGGCGGCUGCUGCAGAAGGGAGCUGAGGACAGGGACAGUGUGCUCCCCGCGUUUGGUCACAGGCCGUGGAAACAGAAUUUGACGAGUGUCGUCAUCACCCGCGGUUCCCAGCAUACAGUCAGAACCAGACCAACUGUCCAUCCUCAUGGAUGUCAAGCCCAUCCUGCUGGUGCUGUUGAUGAUCAGGCCAGCACAGGCCACCACUGCAGACUACGACUAUGGUGGGAUUCCCCUCCGGAUCAACCGUCUGCGUGGAGACCCCAGCGUCCUGAGUCUAUGGGGUCGGAUUGAGCCCGGUUGGUUCAGGUCCGUGAACCCGCAGGUCUGCCCUGCCGAGUGUGACUGUCCCAUCCAAUGGCCCUCAGCCAUAUAUUGUGACCAGAGGGGGAGGCACCAGCUCCCUGCCAGCCUCCCACCCCGGACUCAGUACCUCUUCCUGCAGCGAAACAACAUUUCCGAUAUUGGUGCCAACGCCUUCAGUAACUCCACCCAUUUGCGCUGGCUCCUCCUUGACCACAACCAGCUAGUCAACGACCAGGUGGCCCACUCGGCCUUCUCCAAGCUCUCCUACCUGGAGAUCUUGUUCAUGAAUCACAACAACUUGACGGAAAUCCCAACUGGGUUACCCGAUGGCCUCCGGCAGCUCCGGCUAGCACACAACCAAAUCCAGAAGAUCUCACCCCGGGCUUUCCAGAACCUGCAGAACCUCACUCUGCUACUUCUUCAAGGAAACCAACUGAAGGUCAUCGGUGAUGAAGACUUCACAGGCCUACUCUCACUCAAUCUGUUGGACCUCAGUCAAAACCACCUGGAGGAAUUCCCCAAACACCUGCCCCCAGCGGUGCAGCAGCUGUACCUCUCCAACAACUCCCUGCGAUCCCUGGGAGAUGAAAGCCUGCACGGCUUCCACAGUUUGCGUUACCUCCGCCUGGGAUACAACAGGCUUCACAGCUCAGGCCUUUCCGCAGGCGCCUUCAAUCUGAGCUCCUUGGUGGAGCUGGACCUCUCCUACAACCAGCUGACCUCCACCCCCACAGUGCCAACCACUCUUCAGUACCUGUACCUGGAGGUCAACCUCAUCCACGAAUUCAACGUGUCCAGCUUCUGCAGAGCAGAUGGGACCACGGACUACUCCAGGCUCCGGAUCCUGAGGAUGGAGGGCAACAGGAUGGCCCACCACCAGCUGCCGCCAGACUGGGUCAUGUGUCUGCGGGUGAUCCACCGCAUCUACAUCUGAAUCAUCAUCACCCACAAUGCAAGGCCUUGGCAAAAUCAUCCACCCAUCUCGGCAGACUUUGACCACGGCAUAAUUUCCAAACACUUUGCUGUCUGCUCGACUCUCUUAAAGUGACACUAACUGUUUAACUGUUUAACUCUUAUUUUCCACUACAGUCGAUGCCAGCAGACACCUGGGUCAGAUUAAUGCAUGGGCUCUCCUAGGAUAUAGCCAAGGUUAGUGUUUCACAAUCUGGUCCACAGAUAGUCCAUAUUUUUGGAGGAAGCUAAAACAUGGACCGCCUGUGGGUCCUCAGAGACCGGAUUGAGAAUCACUUGACCUAGGGCAAUGUCAAGCCAGUCCACUAACAGGUAUUUGGUGUUCCUCAUUGUUUGGCUUGUUCUCGAUUGCUUGGUUCACAUGGGCUGGGACCUGGGAGAGAGCGAAAAUGUGGAGUGUCUGGGGGUCCCUGAAGACUGGGUUAGCAGACAUUGCCUUAGGGCCCCAGCAGACAUCAGGGCCUCGCCUUGGAAAAUGCGGAACAGUGAAUUAAUUCGGCAACACCCGAUUCUCCAUGCUGAUGUCAACCCUGGGCCCCAUGUAAUUGCCGCCUAUUCCUGACACAGCCUCUCAACAAGUCUGAGAAUAAAAACCAGCCAAUCCUGAGGGUUUGAGGCCCCUCCUAAAGUGAUGUAAGAGAUUGUCAAGCAGCCAGGUGGACACUGUGAUGUACACCAGAGAGGGGUGCAAAAAUGUCUCCAAUAUUAUUCAGCUGUACAUAUAUGUAAAUGGACUGCAUGGGGGUCAAAGUCUGUUAAUCAGCAAAACAUGAGAGAAAAUAUUUCCCAGGCUCUCGUUCCAGUUCUGGGUCUGAAGGUUGCAUUUUUGUCCUAUGUUACUGGUUAUCUCUGUAACAAAAUGCACAACAUAGAUAUAUAAAUGCAUGCACAGACACAAAUAAACACAUAUACAGCGUGCAUAAAACAUGUUUCUGUGACCAAAACAGAUCAGCUUCUCACAAGGAUGGCUUUUUUUGUUUAGCUAAUGGGAUCUAUAUCUGAAAUGUGGUGUAAUGCAUAUUUACACAGUACUUUACUGCGGGUGUUUAAUCCUAAUCCACUUCUAAUCCACAUCUAUUAGUUCUAAGCCACUUCUGUAAUUACAGUGAAAACACCAUCAUCUUCUAGCCUCCUAAGCAAGUGACCCAUGGUGCAGUGAAAUUUCAGAUGUAAACAGACCUGCCUGCAUUAAUAAAAGCGGCUCCUUCCUUUGAGCAAA